AUGGUGCACUGUGGCCAGGCCCAAAGAAUGCAGAAGGUGAUGGUUCAGCCCAUCAACCUCAUCUUCAGAUACUUGCAAAUUAGAUAUCAGAUUCAGGUGAGGCCUUAUGAGCAAGUGAUCAUGCAGAUAGAGGGUUAUAUCAUUGGUUUUGAUGAGUUCAUGAACCUCACAUUAGGUGAUGCUGAAGAGAGUCAAUCUGAGACAAAUUCAAGAAAACAACUGGAUUGA